AUGGUGGCCUCUAAACCGCCACCUACCCACAAACCGAAGAACCCCUCAACAAAACCACUCCGUGCAAAGAGCAACAAAGUCGGGAAUGGCCGCGCUGGUUCCGCCCGCCGGGGCAAGGACAACAUCGCGUCUGCGCCUGAUGAAUCCCUCCGCGUCCGUGGCCCACAGAACGGCGUCGGGAAACGGUACCGGGACAAAUUGAGCGCCGUCUUUGAGAGCUUGCAAGCCACAUUGGGAGUCGAUGAGGAAGGGCGGUUUAAUGGACGGACAAGUAACGGGUCGAAGGAUGGGAAAGAUGAGGGAGGGGGUGCAAAUGGACAUGGGAAUGGGGAAGAGUUGGGCGACGGGGAAGGCGACAGUUCGGACGAGGAAGAGGAGCAGGCCGAGAAGGGGAAGGGUCAAUCGGUCUGGAACGGGCGACGAAAACGAGUGUUGAAUAAGGCGAAGAUUAUUGAUCUUACGUCGGAUAGGAUUGGGGUUUUGUGGAAGCAGAGGGAGGAACUGAGGAUCGGAUUAGAGGCGUUGGCGAGGGAGAAGGAGGCGGGUGAGUGGUGA